AUGGACAGUCUCAAAAACAUCAAGGUCACCUUCGACAGCCAAAAGGGCGUGGCGCUGGUGCGCUUCGACAGGCCUGCAAAGCGUAACGCCUUCUCCCAGGCCAUGAUUGAGGAAAUGGUGUCGGUCCUUCACCAUCUCGAUGCUCUUGACACAGUCCGCGCGGUCGUCCUCACCGGAGGUCCUGAUGGUCCUUUCUGUGCUGGCAUGGAUCUCAACGAGCUCGUGCAGAUUACUACCUCAUCGGCCCACAAGAGAGCUUUCCUCAAGGAUCUCACUGACGCCUUUGCUGGGUUCUCAAAGCCCAUCAUUGCUGCCGUCAUUGGAUUCGCUCUUGGCGGAGGUUGCGAGAUCGCUCUCGCGUGCGACAUUAUUUACGCUGCCGAAGACGCCACCUUUGGUCUUCCCGAAAUUAAAAUCGGUACAAUCCCCGGAGCCGGCGGAACACAACGGCUGGCCCGUGCUCUGGGCAAACACAAGGCCAUGGAGUUUGUCCUCACCGGCGACUCUGCCUCCGGGGCUGAGUUUGAGCGACUCGGUGUUGUCAACAAGGCUUUCCCCCGAGAUCAGGUCAUCUCAGCUGCGACCAACCUCGCAGAGCGCAUCGCCUUGAUGUCUGGGCCUGUCAUUCAGGUCGCCAAGCAGGCCGUUCUGACUGUGGAGAAUAGUCAUCUGGACGCGGGCAUGGCGACGGAGAAGAUGCUUUACUACUCCACGUUUGGUCUGUCGGACUUCAAAGAAGGCCAGACGGCCUUCUUGCAGAAGAGAAAGCCUAACUUUACGCAUGAAUAG